CCAUAGAUCUUUGAGACAAACGACGCCCAAAGCUGACGACGUGGCUGAGAAACGUCUCAUCACCGGUUUUCAGCGGACCGGGUUGAUUCAAAUCGUAGAGCAGGCUGUUCUCUCAUAGUUCUGGACUUGUAAAAGCUCUAGCGGUCCUUUGCAACUCUUUGACCUCAUCACUGUGCAGUUAUGUCGGGAAAAGUCAAAGGCCGAAGUGCGGCUAACGCGGACUCCAUGGCUGGCGGAGUGUCCUGUGAUGAGCGCAUCUUGCGGAAUAUUCAUCAGCUGUACACGGAGGCGGACAGCGGGUUAAUUCCAGUGGCUGAAUCUGUUGGUGUGAAGCUCCUUCCACCCAGGAAAAAAAUCACGGUGAUGCUGAUGGGCAACCACUCAGCAGGCAAAAGCUCUUUCAUCAACUGGUAUGUGGAGGAGCACAUCCAGCGCACUGGGGUGGCUAUUGAGACGCAGGGCUUCAGCUUUGUUACAAGCGGUCGCAAAAGAGAGUCCCUCACGGGAAAUGCAACCCUUCAUCUAUAUCCACAUUUCAAGCCUCUGGAAGAGUUCAGAGGUGUUUCAGAGUACCUGAGCACAGAGAUCUGCACAUCGCGACAGAAGCGGUUCAGCCUGGUGACGUUUGUGGAUUCUCCAGGCUUGGUGGAUGGAGAUAUGAAAUAUCCCUUUGACGUGGACGAGGUGAUCCUCUGGCUGGGGGAACUUUGUGACCUUAUGCUGGUUUUCUUUGACCCCAUGGGUCAGGCUCUGUGCAAGCGCACCCUCAACAUUGUGGAGUCCCUGAAUGAAAAACAUGGCGACCGGCUACACUUUUACCUGAGCAAGGCAGAUGAAGCUGGUGGAGAGUCAGACAGACAGAGAGUAAUGAUGCAGAUUGUUCAGGAGCUCUGCAAAAGACCAGGACUCAACAAAUGUGGAUUCGACAUGCCCACCAUUUACAUUCCCAAUCCCAACAAGCCCAGUCGCUGUGUGAACCAGAUUGAGGAGGUCUGUCGUGCCAUCGAGAAAACCAUCAACCAGACRGUCCAGAACACCCUCAACUCCCUGGAGAAGGACUGUGAGCUCAUCUGCGAGGCCAUCACGGAUAAACUCAUCAGUGACAGGCAGAACAGUUUGCAGAACAGACGCGCUCGCUGCCAGAGCUGCUUCCUGUCCCUGUUGGGUUUCUGCAUCCCACUGGCUCUGCUGGCCUUACUGUUGCUGGGGAUGUUGUCCAAAGAGCUACUGGACAUGGCUCUGGGCCAACAGGGCAGAGAGACUCUCUCGCUGUAUCUGACUCCAGUAGCGAAAAUAUUUGACUCCUUGUCUGGGGAACAGCAGCUUUAUUCCGGCGGUGGACUGGUCUUUCUCUCCUUCCUCCUGCUCAUYGUUGCUCGCUUUGCCCUCAGGUAGGAGGCAUCAGAACCAUCUGUGCCUUCAGUUUGAUCAAAUAUAACUCGGUCACUGUCGAGUGUUUGUUCUUUCUUCUUUUCCCCAAGAAAUAU